GUAGUUUUUCUUAAAAUUUCGGUUGGGAAACGUGGUAAAAGUAGUUCUUUAAUUAUUGAUUUUCGUAAGUUUUUUUGUUUUAAAUUAUUAAACGAUCUUUUCGUAACAGAAGGUAGGUAUCUACUCACGUAAAAUCUGAAAUUGUUACUUAUUUUGAAACAAAAUGUAUUUUCUAAUGUCGGCACUCUUCUUUGUUGCAGCUGUGUGUCAACCAACGGUCAAGAAGCUUCUGGAACUUUCGAUGGAAUGCCGGGGGUUAAGGAGAAGAGAGGGGGAGGAGAGAGAUCGCGCAUGCGCCCCAGCCUCCAGGUGAUUCUUUUUGGGACGGACCAGCGUCUGUUGGUGUUUCUGCUCCGGAGGAAAGGAAGCUGUGUGUCAACCAACGGUCAAGAAGCUUCUGGAACUUUCGAUGGAAUGCCGGGGGUUAAGGAGAAGAGAGGGGGAGGAGAGAGAUCGCGCAUGCGCCCCAGCCUCCAGGUGAUUCUUUUUGGGACGGACCAGCGUCUGUUGGUGUUUCUGCUCCGGAGGAAAGGAAGCUGUGUGUCAACCAACGGUCAAGAAGCUUCUGGAACUUUCGAUGGAAUGCCGGGGGUUAAGGAGAAGAGAGGGGGAGAGAGAUCGCGCAUACCAGCCUCCAGAAGCUGUGUGUCAACCAACGGUCAAGAAGCUUCUGGAACUUUCGAUGGAAUGCCGGGGGUUAAGGAGAAGAGAGGGGGAGGAGAGAGAUCGCGCAUGCGCCCCAGCCUCCAGGUUCAACCUGAGAAGCUCAAGGACAAUAUCAUCCGGACGGUUUGGGUCCGGAUUCUCGAGAAACAUUCCUUUAUUGCUUCCAGGCCCCUGGAUGUUUCGAUGUUCGUGUAUAAACUCUCCACGUCCAUUGUGAAGAGGAGGGUUCUCUCAGUAACCUUAUGA